AUGUCCAAUGAUAUACUUCAAACUAAAUGCGAUAGUUGUUUAGAAAUAGCCCACGAACCAUUUAUAGAAUGUGCUGAAUGUGAUAGUAAUUUCUGUACGCCGUGUUUCGCGUCGGGCAAGGAGGUUGGUCCACACAAAAAUGAUCAUAAAUACGCUGUACGACGAAACGACUUCCCGUUAUUCGACAAUUGCAAUUGGUCUGCAAAAGAAGAAUGUAAGUUGCUCUCUGCAUUAUCUACUUAUGGCUUCGGGAAUUGGGAGGAAAUAUCGAGAAGUGUACACACAAGAACAAAACUUGAAUGCCAAGAACAUUACAAAAAGUAUUACAUAGAAAAUGUUCAGUACAAUGAAUUGAAACUAUUACCUGAGACAGAGCAGUCUUUGUUUCCAAAACCUGUUAUACCUUUUUUGUAUAAUACAGACAUAUCCGCAAACCCACCGAGAAAUAAUAACGCUGAUCAACACUUGGCUGGAUAUAAUGCAUACAGGUCGGAAUUUGAACUGAGCUAUGAUCACAAUGCAGAAAGUAUAUUCAGUAUAGAAGACAAUUAUUCAGAUGAAGAUGACGAGUGCAUGGAGGCACUAAAGGUAUCAUUAGUGAAUGCUUUGAAUAAUAGACUUCGAGAAAGGCACAGACGGUACAAAAUUAUCCAACGUCAUGGGUUAAUCAAGCCUAAUAAAUUGAUUUCUUGGAUGCAAAAGUUUGAUUCUACAUUAACCAAGCAGAAGGCAGAAAGGUUAAUGUCGUUUAUGCAAUUCAUGACCGGGAUGCAGUUUGAUGCAUUUAUGGAGUCAGUAAGUUUAGAAUAUGAACUUAUGCAAAAGAUCUUGAAGUUGUCCGAGUACCGUAGAAACGGUAUAAGGACAUUGUUCGCAGCUAAGCUUUACAAACAAUUGAAAAAGGAGAAUGAUUUAGUCGUUAAGGAGCAGAAGUAUGCCACAAAUGUAAUGGCCAAGAAGUUUGAUAGUCAAUCGCCUGUAAAGCAUGUGCAGUUGUUUGGCAAGAACAAUCAGUUACUAAAGUACAAACGGACAUCAAUGCCGUUAGAAAUUGUUGAUUUACCCGGAUUCAACCAUCUCACGGAGGCUGAAAAAGUUUUGUGUUCUAAUUUAAGAUUGAUACCAGAUAAUUAUUUAGAUAUUAAGCAGCAACUAAUAACACAGAAUAGUAAAAUGGGUUUCCUCCGAUUGUUAGACGCAAGGAGAAUAGUUAAAAUAGAUGUUAAUAAAACGAGGAAGAUUUACGAUUACUUAUUGUACGAAGGGUUUAUCAGUAAACCUGGAGUGUAA